AUGCAUGUAGGGCCUCGGCCGGGUGCAGAUGAGUCUGGCGAAACUACGCCAGGCGUGCUUGUGGUAACGCCCCUGCGCUUAGAGGACGGGUCCACCGUCAUGGUGAACCGAGGGCACCUGGCAGCCCACCGCAUGGAUCGGGCAACGCGCCCUGAGGUGCCCACGUGGGUCCGCGUACGCGGAGUUCUAGAGGAGGGAGAGAUCCCAAACCUGAUCGGAAGGUACGCGCGCGUCAAGAACCGGCCGGAUAGAAACCAGUACCUCUACCUCAUCGCACCAGAGCUGGCGGAGAAUGCCAAUGCCCGGAACCACGAAGAGUGCAGCCAGGCUUUGGUUACCGCCAUUGACGUUCUCUACGAGGACGACUUCAAAGCAGGCUUCCGUCGGCAGCUGCCGUACACGAUGAAGCAUAAAGAGGACUACCUUCUGUUCUGGGCUGACGAGCAUACCCACUUCAACUAUGCCAUGCAAUGGUUUGGAAUGGGCACGCUGAUGCUUGUGAUGACCUUCUACAAGUUCGUGGAAGUGUCAAG